CCGUUCCUCGUGAUCGACGCCAUUGCCAUCUUGCGUCUGUUGUCUUCGUCGCUUCUCCCACCCAAACCCAAACGUUCUCUGUUACUUACUUUUUUUUCCUUUUAACAAUUCUGAAAUUUUUUAUUUACACAAACUCCAACUUUCUUUAUCUCUCUUUCUCUCUCAGAUGACACGAAGACAAGGACGUUUCGUUCACACUCUAAAGUAGAUUGAAAAUUGGAGGACUGUAAAACCUCAGUCCCGACCUCCUUACCCCGAAGCUCAGAGAGAUACAGACAGAGCGAGAGAGAGAGCUUAGAAAUGGUAGCUGGGAAGGUGAAGCUCGCAAUGGGGCUGCAGAAGUCUCCGGCGAGUAGAAAGGUUGAGAGUUCACCGAAGCCAUCCACCCCGGCACAGCCUUCUCCGAGCUCUGGUAAAAUUUCUCAGAAAACUGUCUUCUCCCGCUCGUUUGGUGUGUAUUUCCCGCGCUCUUCUGCUCAGGUUCAGCCUCGACUGCCUGACGUGACGGAGCUCCUCCAGUUGGUGGAGGAGUUGCGUGACAGAGAGGCGCGAUUGAAGACUGACCUAUUGGAGCACAAGCUGUUGAAGGAAUCUGUCGCCAUUGUUCCUAUGCUUGAGAACGAGAUCGCUACGAAAGAUGCGGAGAUUGAGAGAGCGUCUAAGCGGAUACUGUUUUUGGAGGCGGAGAAUGAGAGAUUAAGAGUUGAAGUGGAGGAAGUUAAACAGAGUGUUGAGGAACAGAGGAGAGAGAGUCAAGAGAGAGUAAAAGCAAUGGAAGGUGAAAUCGCGGAGCUGAAGAAAAUGGCGUUGGAUCGACGCAGAAUGGAGCUUAUUUUGGAGAACGACGAGCUUUCGGCGUCGCAGAGGUUCCAGGGAUUAAUGGAGGUCUCGGGAAAAUCUAACCUAAUCAGGAGCCUCAAAAGACCGACCAAGUUUUCGGAUACUGUUGUUACUCAAGACAAUCAUAAGGUUGAACAACCAGAGGCGAAGAAAGAAGAGGUUGAAACCGAGAGACCGAGACACUCGCGAAGUAAUUCUGAAGAACUCGCCGAGUCCACUCUAUCUAACGUAAAAUCGCGAAUACCUAGGGUUCCAAAACCUCCUCCCAAACCUUCUUCCUCUUCCUCUUCCUCUGCCACUUCCUCCUCCUCCUCCACAUCAACUGGCUCUUCUGGUGAUGCUGAGAAAAAGAUCCCAGCCCCACCCCCUGUCCCAACCAAGCCAACGCCACCGCCGCCUCCUCCUCCACCUUCGAAGUCGGCUCCGCCUCCUCCUCCACCGCCUCCCAAGGGUAAGAGGCCGACGCCGGCGAAGGUGCGACGAAUACCGGAGGUUGUGGAGUUCUAUCACUCAUUAAUGCGGAGGGAUUCUCGGCGAGAACUCGGCUCCGGUGUUACGGAACCGCCGUCCUCCGCCAAUGCUCGUGACAUGAUCGGAGAGAUCGAGAACCGGUCCACCCACUUGCUCGCUAUAAAGACGGAUGUAGAGACUCAAGGGGAUUUCAUAAGGUUCUUGAUCAAAGAAGUUGAAAAUGCUUCAUUUACUGACAUCGAGGACGUUGUGCCAUUUGUGAAAUGGUUGGAUGAUGAGCUCUCAUAUCUGGUGGAUGAAAGAGCCGUGCUUAAGCACUUCCAGUGGCCGGAGCAGAAGGCCGAUGCUCUACGUGAGGCUGCAUUUGGCUAUUGUGAUCUAAAGAAGCUGGAAGCCGAAGCGUCAUCCUUUCGUGGUGAUGCCCGCCAGCCCUGUGGUUCGGCUCUCAAGAAGAUGCAAGCUUUGCUUGAAAAGUUGGAGCAUGGAGUAUACAAUCUGUCUAGAAUGCGUGAAUCUGCAACUAAGAGAUACAAAGCAUUUCAAAUUCCAGUGGAAUGGAUGCUUGAUAGUGGAAUUGUGAGUCAGAUCAAGCUUGUCUCUGUAAAAUUAGCAAUGAAGUACAUGAAAAGAGUAUCCGCAGAGCUUGAAACAGUGGGUGGUGGACCUGAAGAAGAAGAGUUGAUUGUUCGAGGCGUUCGAUUUGCUUUCCGUGUGCAUCAGUUUGCUGGAGGGUUUGAUGUGGAAACAAUGAGGGCAUUUCAAGAGCUGAGAGACAAGGCAAGUUCAUGUCACGUACAAUGCCAAAACCAGCAACAUAAGUACGUAUGCAGUAGCAACAGGCCUACAACUUGUUAAUCUGCAGCAAUCUCAGCUUCAGAGGGCUCUGUUUUUUGGGUGUAAAGAUCAUGUUUGUGAAUAUUAAUGGCAGCGGCGGCGGCUUUGUUGGGAUGGAACUCCAAUUUAUUCAUUUAAAAAGCAAAUGAACUGAAGUGAGGUGAUAUUAUUAUUAUUAAUUAUAUGGGAAAAAAGGAAGGGGGAGGGAGGCCAGGCCAUUUUCUUCGUUCAUUUGCAUUCAACUUUCAACCUUUUCCUCUUUAUAUAUGCUCUGUCGUCGUCCUCUGAAAACAUCGGCAACUGUUGACUGGUUGAUGCUGAAUGAAGGGUGUUCUUUAUAAUAUUCUUCUUCCCUCAUGUAUUCUUAUUCUUA